AUGAUCAGAUUAAUCAGAAUGUUCAGAAAAACUGAUGAUUUAGAGACAAAUCUAGUUAUUUUUAAUAUUGCAAUAGGCUCACAAUUUUCAGGAAUAUUCUGCCAAAUUAUUCAUUACUGGAUUUAUUCUUAUAAUGGUAGAGGCCUGUCUGUUUUUGAUUUUUUUUCGCAAGCUUUUGAAUUGCUAGCAACAAUGCUAAUUACAAUUGAGCUGAUUCUUAUGGCAAAUGGGUGGACAAUUAAGGAGAAAGAUUUCCCUCAUCCAGAUAUUUAUAUCCCAGUGUGUUUACUUGUAGUGCUUGUUAAUCUGCUAAUUAUUGGGCUUGGGAGAAUUACUGAUGAUAGCUAUUACAAAUUUAGUGAUUAUGAAGGAAUUCCUGGUUAUUUGCUAAUCACUUUCCGCAUUGGGAUGCUGAUCUGGUUUCUCUACCUUAUAAGUGAUCUUUAUACAAAUGGAAGCCAAAAGAUAAAAUCUUUUGUUAUUUAUUUUGCAGUUUUAGGCUCUGUUUACUUGCUGUCAUUACCUAUCGUGGUAUUUGUCUCGUGACUUUUUGCUACUUAUCUGAGAACUAAGGUGGUAAUUAUUGGUUUAUCUCUGAUACAAGUAGCAGUUUUCUUCUUAUUUACACAUCUUUUUAGCGAAAGAAGCUCAUUUUAUAAGAUUUCAACAAUGUCCCAAAGUGUUCUUCCAGGAAAGUAUAACUAA